AUGCCUUCCGUUGUGGGUUAUCAACCUAUCCUUAGUACCGAAAUGGGUUCUUUACAAGAAAGAAUUACUUCUACCAAAAAAGGGUCCAUAACUUCUAUUCAAGUUGUUUAUGUACCUACAGAUGAUUUGACCGACCCUACUCCUACUACAACAUUUGCACAUUUAGAUGCUACUACCGUACUAUCAAGGGGAUUAGCUGCCAAAGGUAUCUAUCCAGCAGUAGAUCCUAUAGAUUCAAUGUCAACUAUGCUACAACCUCAGAUCGUUGGUGAAGAACAUUAUGACACUGCACAAGAGGUUAAGCAAACUUUACAACGCUACAAAGAACGUCAAGAUAUUAUAGCUAUUCUUGGAUUGGACGAAUUAUCCGAAGAGGAUUGUUUAACUGUAGCAAGAGCGCGGAAAAUUGAGCGUUUCUUAUCACAAUCUUUUUUUGUAGCACAAGUAUUUACGGGUUCUCCGGGAAAGUAUGUUGGAUUUGGUGGAUUGGUGUCUAAGUCUAUAACUAUUUUGGUAUGUACUUGA